GCGCGAUAGGGAGCCCAAGCGUAUUUGCUGAACUUUGAGUCAGUGUUGUUGGACGACUUUUCAUUUGAGAAGAAACAAAUCUAUAUAUAUGUAUAUCUAAUGGCUCGCACAAAACAAACUGCUCGAAAAUCCACUGGCGGUAAAGCUCCGCGAAAACAACUUGCAACAAAAGCUGCACGUAAAAGUGCACCUGCUACUGGAGGAGUGAAAAAACCACAUCGUUACCGACCUGGAACCGUUGCGCUUCGUGAAAUUCGUAGAUACCAGAAGAGCACCGAACUGCUAAUCCGUAAAUUGCCAUUCCAACGGCUUGUUCGUGAAAUUGCGCAAGAUUUCAAAACUGAUCUGCGUUUCCAAAGUUCAGCAGUUAUGGCACUUCAAGAAGCCAGCGAAGCAUAUCUUGUUGGUCUAUUCGAAGAUACCAAUCUUUGUGCUAUCCAUGCAAAAAGAGUUACUAUUAUGCCAAAAGAUAUUCAACUGGCACGUAGAAUUAGAGGAGAGAGAGCUUAAGCUUAUGUUCAAGUUCUUAUAAAUCGGCCCUUGUCAGGGCCAACAAAUGUCUACUUCGAAAAAUCAAUUCUGUUCUCUGUUUACGAUAAAAAAUGUUUUUUCUUAAUGUUAUAUUACAUGUUAAAAUAUAAGUCUU